AACUUUAGAUUCGGGUUUGAAGAGGACUGGAGUUGAACUUGAACCCCUGGGGACAAGUUUGUCGUCAUUCUCACGCUCUACUUUUGUGUUGUUACAUAGAAUCUAUAAGAAGUAGUUGCCCUCUCACUCUUCUCCUCCUCAACACAAUCACAAACUCCUAAAAAAACAAAACACAGAGUUUAAAAAUGGAGAAGAAAGGGAAUGACAAACCCACGAACCCGAUGGUGACUCCUCUCCUCAACGAUCUCUACCAAUUCACCAUGGCUUAUGCUUACUGGAAAGCCGGCAAGCAAUCAGAACGAUCCGUGUUUGAUUUGUAUUUUCGUAAGAACCCAUUUGGCGGAGAGUACACUAUCUUCGCUGGGUUAGAGGAAUGCAUCAAGUUCCUCGCUAACUUCACUUUGACCGAUGCAGAGAUCGAUUUCGUUCGUGACUCCUUGCCUGGAUGCGAGGAAGCUUUCUGUGAUUACCUUCGUGGGCUUGACUGUUCCGACAUUGAAGUGUACGCUGUUUCCGAAGGUUCUGUUGUGUUCCCUAAAGUGCCUUUACUCAGAAUCGAAGGCCCUGUUGCUGUUGUGCAACUGUUGGAAACUCCGUUUCUCAAUCUCAUCAACUACGCGUCUCUGGUUGCUACUAACGCUGCGAGGCAUCGUUUUGUUGCUGGCAAAUCUAAGCUUCUGCUUGAGUUUGGUGCUAGAAGAGCUCAGGGACCUGAUGGUGCAAUAAGCGCAUCAAAGUAUUGCUACCUUGGUGGUUUUGAUGCAACAAGCAAUGUUGCAGCUGGAAGAUUGUUUGGAAUACCUCUCCGUGGUACACAUUCACAUGCCUUUGUCAGCUCAUUCAUGAGCCUUGAUGAGAUUGUUGACAAAGCGCUUCGAAGCUCUGAUGGGAAAACCACUUGUGAAGAUUUCGUCAGCCUGGUCCAAACAUGCCUAGCCAAGAUUCAGAACUCUUCUUCGCUAUCUGGGAUCUUCUCGGAGACGAACAAAAGCGAGCUUGCAGCUUUCACGUCCUACGCGUUGGCUUUCCCCAGCGCCUUUCUUGCUCUUGUAGAUACUUACGAUGUGAUGAAGAGUGGAAUACCUAACUUCUGUGCUGUUGCUCUUGCACUUAAUGAACUGGGAUACAAAGCAGUAGGGAUUAGAUUGGAUUCAGGCGACUUAGCUUACCUCUCUACUGAGGCCAGGAAGUUCUUUUGCGGCGUAGAGAGAGAGCUUAAUGUACCUGACUUUGGGAAGAUGAUCAUUACCGCUAGUAAUGAUCUAAACGAAGAGACAGUCGAUGCUCUAAACAAACAGGGUCAUGAAGUAGAUGCAUUUGGAAUUGGAACCAACUUAGUGACUUGCUAUUCCCAAGCCGCGUUAGGCUGUGUUUUCAAACUCGUGGAGAUUAAUAAUCAGCCUCGGAUCAAACUUUCUGAAGAUGUUACUAAGGUGUCGAUACCAUGUAAAAAGCGUACCUACAGAUUGUUUGGGAAAGAGGGUUACCCUCUAGUUGAUAUUAUGACUGGAGAGAACGAACCACCACCUAAGGUUGGUGAGAGGUUACUUUGCCGUCAUCCAUUCAAUGAAUCGAAAAGGGCUUAUGUGGUGCCACAGCGCGUGGAAGAGCUUCUGAAAUGCUAUUGGCGUGGCAAUGCAGAUGAAGCUAGGGAAGAGCUAGAGCCAUUGAAAGAGAUAAGAAACCGUUGCAUCAAACAGCUUGAAAACAUGCGACCUGAUCAUAUGAGAAGACUAAACCCUACUCCUUAUAAGGUUAGUGUAAGUGCCAAGUUGUAUGACUUCAUCCACUUCCUCUGGCUCAACGAAGCUCCUGUCGGUGAACUUCAUUGAGAUUUUUACAAAAUAUAGUUUUUUAUGCUUCUGUCUUUACUUAUAAAAUUUAAGAUAUAACCAUAGUAUAUAUCUAUCGGCUUUGCCACUCACUGUAUGAGUUCUUGAUCUCAACUCUUUACAACUUUAUCUAUAAAAAAACUUGUAUUCACCAAAACAUUACUCAGAAUAAAACACAGACAAUCUUCUUGUUUUGAAGAGUCUUCUUAUCA